AUGAACAAGAUGGAAGAAAGUGGCAAAAGUAAUCUGGUUGAACCCACCACAUAUACUCGGCGAUCGUUGUUUUCUGAAGAUGAGCUUUUAGAACCGACAACGGGCUCUAAUGCUGAAGAUGAGAUAUUAGAGCCAACGUCAGGAUGUAAUGAUGAUGAGGGGAUGUUAGAGCCAACGUCGGGCUGUAAUGAUGAUGAGGAGGUUUCAAAGCCAACGACUGGGAUGGUUUUUAAAACUGAGGUGGAACUCAUUAAGUACUAUAAGAAAUAUGGGAAACAAACUGGAUUUGGAAUAAUGACUCAACGAAGUAGAAGGACUCAAGAUGAGAGUGUUAAAUAUAUAACAUUUGGUUGUGCGAGUGGUGGGAAGGCAAGGAAUUGUAGUAUUAAUCUCGUUAAACCACGUCUGACAACCAAGACUGAAUGUAAGGCAAGAAUUAAUGCAGUCUUGAGGCAACUAGACUUGGUUGUCGAGGCUGGUGGAUUCGAUAAACUACCAUUUAUUGAGAAAGAUGCACGAAAUUAUAUUGACAAAGCCCGUCACCUUAGACUUGGCAAAGGAGGUGUUGUAGCAUUGAGAGAUUAUUUCGUGAGAAUGCAAUAUAAGAAUGAGGGUUUUUACUCAUUGAUGGAUUUAGAUGACGAUGGAAAAUUAAAAAAUAUUUUUCGGACUGAUGCACAGAGCAGAGCAACAUAUGGGUAUUUUGGGGACGUUGUGAAUUUUGAUACAACGUACCUAACAAAUCGAUAA